AUGCGAGUAAAAGUUAGCGGUGCCGGUUUGGCUACCAAAAUUGUAGAUAUUGAUGGCGACUGCGACUUAUCUGAAUUCUUGAAUUUGGUUUCUAAAGAUUCGGGCAUCAGCAACGCCAUAGAGUCUGUCCGAUACGGGUUCCCUCCACAAACUGUGCAGGUGACUGAGGUGACCAAAAAACAGAAAUUGGAAGAUAUCGGUAUAAGUUCAGGAGAGAAGGUGGUGUUGACUGGGAAAACGGUAACGACAACGUUACAAAAUGACAAAUUAGAAAAACCACUCAAGAAGAGUAGUAAGACGGAUUCUACUGCCACCCGCAAAUUGCGAGAAAAUCAAAUUUCACUAGAUGGCAUAUGGCCCCAUCGGAUUUUGCAGCUUUAUUCGGUUCCGGAUGACAACUCCUGUAUGUUCCAUGCAAUUUCUCACUGCACAUAUGGUAAUUUUUCGCAUUCACAGCCGUUUAGGGAACAAGUGGCAGCAGAGGUGAUAUCGAACCCAUUGGAAUACUCUGAUGCUAUUUUGGGUAGACCCAAUAGGGAAUAUGCUCAAUGGAUACUGAAAAAAAGCUCUUGGGGAGGGGGCAUAGAGCUGGCCAUUUUGUCAAAGGCUCUGCGACUGGCAAUCUUUGUGUUGGAUGUUGACGCGGGGAAAUUUGAGAAGUUUAACGAGCACCAAUUUGAUGACUUUAUCAUGGUGGCAUUCAACGGGGUGCACUAUGAUGCGAUGGAAGUUGUAAAUGAAGUUAGCGGCCAAAUCUCUAGGGUUCUGAGCCAACACUCAGAAAAUGUCGAUCGAGUGCUGGCUAGAGCACAGGAGGUGGCAGUGAAGUUAAAGAACCAAGGUUUUUCAUUCAACACGGCACGCGACCGUAUCCAAUGCAAUGUGUGUUCCGAGAUCCUGGCGGGUGAGCGAGACGUUGCACGUCAUGCGGAAACAACGGGCCACGUUGAUUUUGGACAGAGUAAAUAA